AUGGACCCGCCGGGCCGCCGCUGCGCCCUCUGCAACUGUGGGGACUGGAGCCCGCACGGGCAGUGGGAGCUGCAGCGCUUCGAGCCGGUGCCCGACUGGCCCGAGCGGCUGGUGGGCAACAACCCCCCCGAGGGGCCUGGCCAGCCCCCCCCGGGGUCCGGCCAACCCCCCCCGGAGCCGGAGCUGGCGGGCGACAACCCGGUGCAGAUCGGCUUCUCCGAGGGGCUGACCCCGGCGCAGCUCUUCGAGCCGACAGGGCACUGCUGGGUGCAUCGCUGCUGCGCGGCCUGGGCGGCCGGCGCGGGGCCGGAGGCGGCCGCCGUGGCCAGAGCUGUUUUCUCAGGGAUCUCACAGAAAUGUGAACGCUGCGGGCGGGCGGGGGCCACCAUCCCGUGCCGGGCGGCCGCCGGCUGCUCCCGCCUCUACCACUUCCCCUGCGCCGCCGCCAGCGGCUGCUUCCAGUCCACCAAGACCCUGCGGCUGCUCUGCCCCGAGCACGUGGCCGAGGCCCUGGAGAUGGAGGACGCGCGGUGCCACGUGUGCGCCGGGCCGGGCGACCUGCGGGACCUGGUGCUGUGCACGGGCUGUGGGCAGCACUUCCACGGAGCCUGCCUGGACACGGCCCCGACGCCCCACGGGCGCUCGGGCUGGCGGUGCCCCGAGUGCAGAGCGUGCCAAACCUGCAGGCAGCCCGGCCAGGACUCCACAAUGGUGGUCUGUGGGGCCUGUGGCAAGGGCUACCACACCUUCUGCGUGGAUCCAGCCAGCCAGGGCCUCCCCACCGGCUCCUGGAAGUGCAAGAACUGCCAGGUCUGUUCCGAGUGUGGCCGGUGCCCUGUGGGGCUCGACCCUGGCUGCCAGGGGUCCACGGUGUGUGGGGGCUGCCAGGGGGGCUGCACUGCAGCCGCUACCCCUGUGGCACCAGGACACUCACCACAGCCUGAGUCGCCCGCCCAGACCUUGGAGCCCCCCAGCUGCAGCGAGCUGACGGAUGUGCCCGUCCCCCCACCUGAGCUGGAGCCUGUGGGGGGUGAUGAGGAGACACAGCCCCUCCCAGACCCCAAGGAGGCACCCCUGGACCCCAAGGAGGAACCCCCAGAACCGAAGGAGGCACCCCCGGACCCCAAGGAGGCCACCCCGGGUGAUGGCGGGUCUCCUCCUGGCGAGCUGACCCCUGUGGAAGUGCCCCCCAGUGAAGAGCCCCCCUGUGAACAGCCCCUUGAUGAAAUGCCCCCUGACAUUCAGCCCCUUGACGUGCAGCCCCCCAACAUUCAGCCCCUUGACGUGCAGCCCCCCAACAUUCAGCCCCUUGACAUGCAGCCCCCCGACAUUCAGCCCCCUGACGUGCAGCCCUCUGAGGAGCCCCCUCCUCUCGUGCUGCCCCCCGAGGAGCCCCCCUCUGAGGAACUGCCCCUCGAGAGACCACCCCUUGCUGAGCUGCCCGCUGACAGGCCCCCCCUCGAGGAGGUGCCCCCCAGUGAACGACCCCCCGAUGAGCUGCCCCUCGACAUCCCUCCCCUCAGUGAGCCGCCCCCUGAGAACCCACCCCUCGAGAAGUUGCCCCCCCAUGAACUGCUCCCUGAGGAGCUGCCCAUCAACGAAUCGCCCCCUGACGAGCUGCCCCCCAAUGAGUCGCCCCCCAAGUCUCCCCCCAGCGAGCUGCCCCUUGAAGAGCUGCCCCCCGAUGAGCUGCCCCCCAAUGAACCACCCCCCGACGAGUUGCCCUCUGGGGAACCUCCUCCCGAAGUUCUGCCCCCCGAAGAGCCUCCCCCCGACAAGCUGAGCCCCGAAGAGCCUCCCCCUGAUGAGCUGCCCCCUGAAGAGCCACUCCCCAGUGAGCUGCCCUCCGAGGAGGACCUGAAGCCACCAGGUCUCCUUCCCGAGGUGGCAGUGGCAGAGGAAGCACCAGCCCUGGCUCCGGAGGUGCCCCCCGAGGAGGAGAUGGAGCUGGAGCCGGAGCCCUCGCUGCCCCCUGAGAUGACCCCUCCACCCUCAGCUCCCCCAGCUCUCCGCGCCAUCUCUCCCGUGCGACCCCCAGACCCCUCCCCUGACGCCAAGGAGGACGAGGUGCCCGAACCUCCCACCCCAGCCCUGCCCGAGCCCCCUGGCAGCCCCGGCACCGCCAUGGACACCGAGCCCCCCGGCUCCCCACCACCCCCCCUGGGCUCCCCUGUCGUCACCCUGGCCCCCGCCGAGCCCCCCGAGGACGAGGAGAUGGAGACGGCCGGUGGUGAGGGGGAGUCCCCAGCCAGCCCCCCCGGAGAUGCCCCCCCUGGCAGCCCAGCCCCGGAGCUGGGGCCCUUCCCGGGCCUGCCUGAGGAGGAGGAAGAGGAGGAGGAAGAGGCGCCGAGGCUGGAGCGGGAGGGCACCAGCGGCAGCUCCCCGCCGCUGAGCGAGGAGGAUGCGGUGGAGGAAGGCCGGGCUGGGGGGGACCCCGAAGCCAAGGGGUCCCCCCUCCUCCUGGAGCCGGAGGAACUGGGCCCCGAGACCCCCAUGGAGGUGUGCACCGCCGGCGAGAAGCUGCUGGGGCACGGGGACGAGGGGUGCCCCGAGCCCCCUGCCCUGCGCCCGCGGCCCGACAUCCUCAACGAGAUCUCCAACCUGAGCCAGGGGGACACGAGCAGCAGCUUCCCCGGCUCGGAGCCGCUGCUGGGCUCCCCGGACCCCGAGGGCGGGGGGUCGCUGUCCCCCGAGCUGGGCCCGGCCUCGGCCGACGCCAGCCUGCAGAAGGAGGACGGGGGGUCGCUGCCCUUGGGCGCCGAGACCGACGACUCGCUGCUGUUCGAGCCGGCAGCCAAGGGCGACGGGGACAAGGGCCGGCGCCGCAGCUCCCCGGGGCGCUCCCGGGUCAAGCAGGGUCGCAGCAGCAGCUUCCCUGGGCGGAGGCGCCCCCGAGGGGGGUCCCACGGGGGCCGGGGCCGGGGCCGUGCACGCCUGAAGUCGACCACCUCGUCCGUUGACACUUUAGCACUCGCCGACGUGGAGAGCUCGCCCAGCAAGGAGGAGGACGAGGACGAUGACGACACCAUGCAGAACACGGUCGUCCUCUUCUCCAACACCGACAAGUUUGUGCUCAUGCAGGACAUGUGCGUGGUGUGCGGCAGCUUCGGGCGCGGGGCCGAGGGGCAUCUCCUCGCCUGCUCCCAGUGCUCCCAGUGCUACCACCCCUACUGUGUCAACAGCAAGAUCACCAAGGUGAUGCUGCUGAAGGGCUGGCGCUGCGUGGAGUGCAUCGUGUGCGAGGUGUGCGGCAAAGCCUCGGACCCCUCGCGCCUGCUGCUCUGCGACGACUGCGACAUCAGCUACCACACCUACUGCCUGGACCCCCCGCUGCAGACCGUGCCCAAGGGCGGCUGGAAGUGCAAGAGGUGUGUGUGCUGUGUGCAGUGCGGGGCCGCGUCCCCCGGGUUCCACUGCGAGUGGCAGAACAACUACACCCACUGCGCGCCCUGUGCCAGCCUUGUCGCGUGCCCCUUCUGCCGCGAGAAGUACGUGGAGGACGACCUGCUCAUCCAGUGCCGGCACUGCGAUCGGUGGCUGCACGCGGCGUGCGACAGCCUCUUCACUGAGGAGGAGGUGGAGCAGGCUGCGGAUGAAGGCUUCGACUGCAGCGCCUGCCAGCCCUACGUGAUCAAACCUGUGCCCGUGCCUCCCGCGGAGAUGGCCAAGGCCAAGGAUCCGGAGCCGCAGUAUUUCCGCUUCGAGGGCGUGUGGCUGACGGAGACGGGCAUGGCCGUGCUGCGCAACCUGACCCUGUCGCCCCUGCACAAGCGGCGGCAGCGCAAGGGCCGCCCCGGCGCCCUCAACGGGGAUGGGGGGCUCGAGGGGGGCGACCCCCUGGGCCCCGAGGACAAGAAGGACGGUGACCUGGACACCGACGAGCUGCUCAAGGCUGAGGUGGGUGUGGAGCACAUGGAGUGCGAGAUCAAGCUGGAGGCUCCGGCCAGCCCCGACCGCGACGUCGGCGCCGACGGGGACUCGGGGAAGGGGCUGGAGGACCCCGAGGAGUGCAAGAAGAGGAAGCGCAAGCCGUACCGGCCCGGCAUCGGCGGGUUCAUGGUGCGGCAGCGCAAGUCCCACACGCGGCUCAAGAAGGUGCCGGCGGUGCCGGCGGACGUGGGGCGUGAGGGGCUGAGCACCGAGGGGCACCCCGAGGAUGGGGCUCCGGGCGAUGUCCCGGCCGAGGCUGGCCUGGAUCCGGGUUCGGGAGAGGGGGACGAGAAGAAGAAACGCCGGGGACGGAAGAAAAGCAAGUUGGAGGACAUGUUCCCCCCGUACCUGCAGGAGGCGUUUUUCGGGAAGGCGCUGAUGGACCUGAGCCGGAAGGCGCUGCUGGCAGCGGGCGGGGUGGGGGACGGGACCGCCCGCCCCUCCCUGGGCCAGGGCGCCCCAAGGCCCAAGGGGGACCCCAACCUGGCUGGGGCACUGCAGGGAGCCCCCCCGGACAGGAGGGAGACCCCCACCCACCCCCGAGGGGAUGACAGCACCGAUGGCAGCGCCGCCGCUCCCGACGACGAUGGCAAGGACGAUGCGAAGGCCGAGGACCUGGGGGCCGAUGAGCCAAAGGAUUCCCCAGACCCUGGGGACACCGAGAAACCGGCCACCCCGGGCGAGGGAGCGCUGAGCUCUGACCUCGACAAGAUCCCCACGGAAGAGCUGCCCAAGAUGGAGAGCAAAGACGUGCAGCAGCUCUUCAAGGACGUGCUGGGCUCGGCGGAGCGGGGGGAGCAGCCCCUCAACUGCGUGGCCGGGGGGAUGGAGGCCGGGCAGGACCCCGGCCGGGCACAGCGCCCCUUCCUGCAAGGAGACCUCCAGCUCUCGGGGCAGGGGAGCGUUUCCCUGGGCUCACUCUCCGGAUCCGUCUCCUUGGACUCGUAUUCGGGGGUCUGCCCGUCCCCGUUCCUCGAUAGCAGGGAGCGGAGCGGCUUCUUCAGCCCAGACCACUGCGAGCCCGAGAGCCCCUGGGCCAGCAGCUCGGCUGCCACCACCCCCUCGACCCCCACAACGCCCACGACAGAGGGGGAGGGCGAUGGCCUGUCCUACAACCAGCGCAGCCUCCAGCGCUGGGAGAAGGACGAGGAGCUGGGCGAGCUCUCCACCAUCUCCCCCGUCCUCUACGCCAACAUGAACUUCCCCAAUCUCAAGCAGGAUUAUCCAGACUGGUCGAGCCGCUGCAAGCAGAUCAUGAAGCUCUGGAGGAAGGUCCCUGCCACGGACAAAGCCCCGUAUUUGCAAAAGGCCAAAGAUAACCGGGCGGCUCAUCGCAUCAACAAGGUGCAGAAGCAGGCCGAGAGCCAGAUCAACAAGCAGACCAAAGGGGAGGGACUGCGCAAGCCGGAGAGGCCCUCGCUGCACCUGCGGAUCCCGGUGCCGCCGGGGGCACAACCCGUCUACAUCAGCAGCCCCCCCGCCGCCGGAGAGGGCUUCCUGAAGCCCCCGGCGGGUGCCGGAGCGGGGCCGGAGUCUCCCAGCGAGCUUUUCCUCAAGCUCCCGCCCCAGUCCCCCGCCCAAGUGCCUUCGCACGACCCCUACGGCGCCUACGCGUUGGAGCCCCGCUUCCCCUCGCCCCUGGGCCAGAGCCCCACGGCGGGCGCUGCCUUCCAGCCCUUCCCUGGCCAGCCCCAGCCCCUCACUGCCCCCCGUGCCCCUCCCGACUUCCACCCCACGCCCCCCGGAACCCCCCGGCACCAGCCCGGCACCCCAGACCCUUUCCUGAAGCCCCGCUGCCCCUCCUUGGACAACCUCUCGAUGCCGGGGAGCCCCGGGGCGCGGCCCCCCGAGGCCCUGCUCUCUCCCUUGCCUUUCGGGGAGCAGAAGAAGGGUCUGGAGGUGAAGAAGGAGGAAGGGGGGAGCCUGGGGGUCUGCUCACCCGGCUAUGCCUCCGCCAUGGGCUACGGGGACUCCCCGGGCGGCCCCCACCUCUCGGCUGCGGAGCUGAAGGCGGCCGACGUCUUCAAAGCCCCCAUGACCCCACGGGUCUCUCAGGUAGAGCCGCAGAGCCCGGGGCUGGGGCACCGGCCCCCCGACCCCCACCCCUUGGCCCCCUCGCCCCCCGGCCACCCCGAUCUCUACCGCCAGUCCCCCUACCUGGACCCCUACUCGCAGCCCCCGCUGACGCCCCGGCUGCAGCCCCCCGAGGCCUGCUGUGCCCUCCCGCCCCGCUCCCUGCCCUCCGAGCCCUUCUCCCGCGUCCCCGCCAGCCCCCAGUCCCAGUCCAGCUCCCAGUCACCCCUCACCCCCCGCCCGCUCUCCAACGAAGCCUUCUGCCAGUCCCCCGUCACCCCCCGCUUCCAGUCCCCCGAUCCCUACUCCCAGCCGCCCUCCCGGCCCCAAUCCCGGGACCCCUUCACCCCCCUGCACAAACCCCCCCGGCCGCAGAUGCCGGAGCCGGGGUUCAAGCCUGGCGGGGGUUUUGGGGGUGCCCCAGCGGGUGAGCCCCAUGCCAAGGCACCGGCGGGGCCGCAGCCGCCCUUCUCUCGCUCCCCCGGCGCCAGCGUCUUCCCGGGCAGCCAGACCCCCAUGCGCUUCACCUUCCCCCCGGCCGUCUCGGAGCCGCUCAAGGGCUCCCCGUCCCACCAGCCCCAUGGGAUCAACAGCCAUUACGGCUCUGGCAAGCCCCAGAGCUCGGCCUAUGCCUCGUCCCCCGGCUUCCACCAGGCCGGCAGCCCCCUGGGCCCGGGCACGGCUGCCCCCGACACCUACAACCUCUCGCCCCUGCGGCCCCCAUCAGUGCUGCCGCCGCAGCCCCCGGCCCCCCCGCAGCAGCAGGACCCUUCCGGAGCCUUCCUGCCCCGCGCUGCGCUGGGACCGACGGCCGACAAGAGGGAGGAGGCAGCCGUGGGGCUCUCGGUGCCCCCGAACCGGGACCUGGCGGAGCUGCCCGGCGGCCAGGAUGGGGCCCUCGGCACCAUGAGCCAGUCGGAGCUGGAGAAGCAGCGGCAGCGCCAGCGGCUCCGGGAGCUGCUUAUCCGGCAGCAGAUCCAGCGGAACAGCCUGCGGCAGGAGAAGGAGAGUGCAGCCGCUGCCGCCACCUCCUCGCCCGCCGCCUGGGCCCCCGAGGCCGCCGGGCAGGGCUUCGAGCUGAGCCGGGGCAUGGCCCCCUACCAGCCAGCACAGGACAAGGGACUCCUCGGGACCUUGGCCACAGCAGCUGGCGCCGGGAAGCUGCCCGGCUCCGUCAUGGUGCAGGCGGCGUUUCCCCAGGACGAGCGGCUCUCCCGGCCCCCACCAGCGGCCACCCCGGCCACACUGGACAUCAACGGGCGGGCGACAGUGGGGCCCCCCCAGGCCUUCUACCCCCGCGGGGUCUUCCCAGCACCAUCCCCGCAGCAGCAGCAGCACCUCUGGCAGCAACAGCAGCAACAGGCGGCCGUGGCGGCCCUGCGGCUUCCCGUGACCUCCCGCUUCGCCCCCCCGGCUGCCGGGACCCCCAUGGGCAGCCUGGGCACCCGCCUGCCAGCCCCCGCCGAGGCCGUGCCCCCCUUGUCCACCACCCUGGGCGCUCCCUUCAUCGAGCUGCGACACAACGUGCAGAAGGGACCCGGGGGGGUCGUGGGGUCCCCCUUUGCCCCCCAGGCGCCCCGGCCUCGCUUCUUCCUGCCCGGGGAGGAGGGCACCGCCCAGGCCCUCUGCACCCCCGUCGUGCCCAUGCAGGCGCUGCCACCCCAGAAGGUUCCGGCGCCGCUCCCGCCCGCGUCCCCGCAGGGAGCAGAGAUGGGCAACAGCCACCAGCAGCCCCACGCCAAGGUGGCCCCCCCGCCACUGCCGGCCCCCACCCUGGAGCUGCAGCACGUCCCCCCCCGCCCGCUGUCCUCGGGCACUGCCCUGCGCCCCGAGGGUCCCAAGGAUGGCCCCGCUCCAGACCCGGCACCGGCCCCAGGGAAGAGCCACCUGAGCCUGGAGGGGGCACGGCUGCCCUGCGAGGUGCCCGUGGAGCCCGAUUUGGAUGACGACUUCGGCUCCCACAAGGACUUGGAAGAUGACGAUGAUUUGGCCAACCUGAGCCUGGAUCCGGACGUGGCCAAGGGGGACGAUGAUUUGGACAACCUGGACAGCCUGGAGACAGCAGACCCCCACCUCGACGACCUGCUGAACGGUGACGAGUUCGACCUGCUGGCCUACACCGACCCCGAGCUGGACACCGGGGACAAGAAGGACAUCUUCAACGAGCACCUGCGCCUGGUCGAGUCGGCCAACGAGAAAGCCGAGCGCGAGGCCCAGCUCAAGACGGAGCCGCCACCGCCCACCUUGAAGCUCCCCGACCCCGGGGACAGCAAAGAUGUGACCCCAUCUGCGGAGAACCAGGAGGUGCCCAAGGAAGGGCUGGUGCCCAGUGCGAGCUUGGGACCCUCUGCCUGCCCCACGGGCGCCGUGCUGGCCCCUGACCCGGCUUUCAAGGCGCAGGGUGCGGAGGCAAAGCCCGGCUCGCUGCCCACCGAGGUGAAGCCCAAGCUGGAGGAUGGUUGCCUGAAGACCUCGCCCUGCCAGUUCACUGGCCCCGAGCGGCUCCCGGUGCCCGUCAAGUCGGAGGGGCUGCAGGGCACCGACAAAAUCUCUGCCUCGCUGGGGCUGAGCCUCAAACCCGGCCAGACCCUCCUGAGCCCCAGCACCGGCCCCGCUCGCCUCGGCCUGACUCAGUUCCCCAACAGCGGCCACGCCGGUGUCCCCGUGCCGGACAAGGACCCCUACACUGCCCCCGGCCGUGGGCUGGCCCCUGCCCAGCUUGGCAGCCAGAGCAACCCCUUGCUGGAGAAGUUUGAGCUGGACAGCGGAGCGCUGGGGCUGGGCAGCGCCCGGCACUCGCCGGCGGAUGACCUGGACAAGAUGGAGAGUUCGCUGGUGGCCAGUGAGCUGCCGCUGCUCAUCGAGGACCUGCUGGAGCACGAGAAGAAGGAGCUGCAGAAGAAGCAGCAGAUGUCGGCCCACCUGCCCCGCAGCACCCCCCACCUCCCGGCCCCAGGGCACCCCAUGCUGCACACGGGGGCGGCUGGGCAGCCCCCCGAGGGGCAGCCGCCCCGCCUGGGCGCCCCUCAGACCCCCCUCCAGCUGGGGCUGGUGGCCCGGCCGCCACUGAUGCCACCGCAGCCCCCCCGGCUCGGUGCACCCCAGCAGGGCCCGGCGCUGGCCCCCCACAUGGGCAUGGCCUCGGGGCAGCCCCACGUGCUGGCAUCCCCACAUGGGGUGCAGGUGGCCCUGGGGCAGCCGCAGCAGAGCCAGCAGCAGGUGCUGGUGCAGAAGCCGAUGGCCGGGGUGCAGCCCCCCACCCUGGGCCUGAAGCCCCCCCAGCUCGUCAUGCAGCAGCAGUUGGCCAACAGCUUCUUCCCAGACACAGACCUGGACAAGUUUGCGGCUGAGGACAUCAUGGACCCCAUUGCCAAGGCCAAGAUGGUGGCACUGAAGGGCAUCAAGAAGGUGAUGGCUCAGGGCAGCAUCGGGGUGGCCCCAGGCAUGAACAGGCAACAGGUUUCCCUGCUGGCCCAGCGGCUCUCAGGGGGCCCAGCAGUCUCUGAGAUGCAGAACCACUUGCUGGCAGGGAGUGGGCAGGAGCGAAGCGGCACAGACCCAACCCAGGCUCGGCCCAACCCACCCACCUUCGCACAGGGCGUCAUCAACGAGGCUGACCAGCGGCAGUACGAGGAGUGGCUGUUCCACACGCAGCAGCUGCUGCAGAUGCAGCUGAAGGUGCUGGAGGAGCAGAUCGGGGCUCACCGCAAGUCCCGCAAGGCGCUCUGUGCCAAGCAGCGCACGGCCAAGAAGGCCGGCAGGGAGUUCCCCGAGGCCGACGCCGAGAAGCUGAAGCUGGUGACGGAGCAGCAGAGUAAGAUCCAGAAGCAGCUGGACCAGGUGCGGAAGCAGCAGAAGGAACACACCAACCUCAUGGCCGAGUACCGCAACAAGCAGCAGCAGCACCAGCACCAGGCCUCGGCCGUGAUGGCCCUGAGCCCCUCGCAGAGCCCCCGCCUCAUGUCCAAGCUCCCGGGGCAGCUCCUCUCGGCACACGGGGUGCAGCAGCCCGGGGGGGCCGUGGUGGGAGCGCAGGGCCUCGGGCAGCAGCCGGGGCAGCCCGGGGGGCUGCGCCUGUCCCAGGGCGGUGUGUCCAUGGCCGUGCAGCAGGGCCUGUCCUUCAUGGGGCAGCAGGCCAUGGGGAACGCCCCGGGACCCGGCUCCUCCAGCGCCUUCUUCGCCGGGAACCCCGCGCUGCGCGGGCUGGCCGCCGACAGCCGCCUGAUGCAGGAGCGGCAGCUCCAGAGGAUGCAGCUGGCGCAGAAGCUGCAGCAGCAGAACAUGCUGGGACAGGUGUCACUGCCACAGCAGCAGCAGCAGCAGCCGGGUGUGAUGGGACAGAGCUCCAUGCAGCAACCAGGUGUGAUGGGACAGGUGUCGCUGCAGCAGCCGGGGGUGAUGGGACAAGUGCCCAUGCAGCAACAGGGUGUGAUGGGACAGACCCCCAUGCAGCAGCCAGGAGUGAUGGGACAGGCGUCCAUGCAGCAAUCAGGUGUGAUGGGACAGGCAUCAAUGCAGCAAUCAGGUGUGAUGGGACAGACGUCACUGCAGCAAUCAGGUGUCAUGGCACAAGCAUCGAUGCAGCAACAGGGCGUGAUGGGUCAAGCCUCCAUGCAGCAGCCCGGUGUGAUGGGACAGGCAUCGCUGCAGCAGCCCGGUGUGAUGGGACAGGCAUCCAUGCAGCAACAGGGCGUGCUGGCCCAGGCAGCCAUGCAGCAGCCGGGUGUGAUGGGACAGACGUCGAUGCAGCAACAGGGCAUGAUGGGCCAGGCGUCCAUGCAGCAGCAGGGUGUGAUGGGACAGAGCUCGAUGCAGCCACAGAGCAUCAUGGCCCAGACGUCCAUGCAGCAGCCAGGCAUGAUGGGACAAGCUUCAAUGCAACAGGCAGGUGUGAUGGCGCAGACGUCGAUGCAGCAACCGGGCAUGAUGAGCCAGGCGUCCCUGCAGCAGCCGGGGGCACUGGGCCAGGCCCCCAUGCAGCCAACGGCCGUGGCGGGGCAGCCCGGCCUGCUGGGGCAGCAGCAGCAGCCCCCGACCCCACAGCCCGGCGCGGGGGCUCAGCCCAUGGUGCCGAAGGCCGGGGGGCUGCUGGGCAGCCAGCAGAGCCUGCUGGUGCAGCAGCUCUCGCCCCAGCAGCAGCCGGGCGUGCUGGGCCACGCGCCGGCACCGGGGCUGCAGCACCAGCCCAUGCUGGGCCACCCCCAGCCCCAGCGCCAGGUGCUCCUGGCCCCCCACCAGCAGCGGGUGCUGGGCUCGCCCCAGCUGGCACCGCAGACUCCGGGGAUGCUGAGCCACCGGCUCGUGCUGUCCCAGCAGCUGGGACAGUCGCGGGCACUGCUGACCCCGCAGCAGCAGCAGCAGCAGCAGCAGCAGCAGAACUCGGCCCAGCCGGGCCUCCUGGGGCUGGGCCAGGGGCAGGCCUCGAUCCAGCACUUUCCGCAGCACGGGGCGGGGGGCCAGGCCCCCUCUGUGCUGCACCUGAGUCAGGGAAUGCAGCCGGCCCCGGCGGUCCUGGCUGCCAAGGACCAGCCCACGGGGGUGGAUGGCAGCGCCCUGCCCGCCGAGGGCGGCGAGAGCGGGGGGCAGCUGCACGGGGAGCAGCAGGGACCCCUCAACCCCCAAGGGCUGGGGGGCCCGGAGACCGUGGCCCCCAAGCACCAGGCUGAGCUGGGGCAGGGCCAGCAGCUCCUCUUGGCCUCCCCACAGCCGGGAAUGCUGCGGGCAGCCCCUGGGCAGCAGGGUACCCUGCUCGCCCCGCCGCUGCAGAGCCCCGGGGCCGCCCACCCCGAGCUGUCCCAGCAGCACGGGGACACGGCCGGGGUGGCGGAGCCGCCGCUGGGCUGCGGGACGGGCCCGGCACCGGGCAUGGUGCCGGCACCGCGGCCCCCGGAGCAGCCGGGCAAGGGGCCGGCAGGGACCCUGCAGGGGCAGCCCCAGCCCCCGCGGCUCCAGAGCCCCGGGCAGCACAAAGCAGGGCCGGCACCGGGCACGGCCACGCUCCCCCCGGCGCUCCUGGGGCAGGUGCCGGGGCCGGUGAUGGGCCAGAUCCGGGCGCAGCUCCAGGGUGUCCUGGCCAAGAACCCGCAGCUGCGGCACCUGACGCCGCAGCAGCAGCAGCAGCUCCAGGCCCUCCUGGUGCAGCGGCACCAGCAGAGCCUCCUGCAGCAGAGCCAGGCACUCCGGACCCCCGGCCCCUUCCCCGGGCAGGCCCCGGACUACGGCUCGCCCGCCGCCCGCCAGCCCCCUCGCCCCAUGGGGUCCCUCUUCCAGCCCCGGCCGGGCACCCCGGCAGAGCCCGGCCUUGUCCGCCUCCCCACUCCACCGGCCCCCUCGCCCCUGGGCUGUGCCCCCCAGCACGUGGCCAGCCCCGAGCAGAGCCCCCAAGAGCCAAAGAAGACGUCACCGGGGGUCCCGGCCUCGACCCCCAGCCCUGCAGUGCCCACAGAGCCGGGGCUGACGCCCACGCCGAGCGCUGCCCUCCCUGACCCAGCACGUGGCCCCUGGGACCCCGAGGCGCCCGGGGUGGACCCAGCCGACCCCAGCGAGAUCCACAUCAAUGGGGCAGUGCCAGAGGGGGCCCCUGUGGCAGGCGAAGGCCCCCAGGUGUUGGUGAAGCAGGAGCCGAAGGAGGAGGCGGCAGCAGCGGCGCAGUGUGAGCUGGACGGAGACGAGACGGCAAAACCGGAGGCCAACGGGGACCCUGGGGCCGGCCAAGCCAACAGCCUGCUGGCCCCGGGCGGGCGCUCUGAGGCCGGGCACCUGCUGCUGCAGAAGCUGCUGCGGGCCAAGAACGUGCAGCUCUCAGCACAGAGCCCGGGCGAGCUCAAUGGGCACACGGAGAGCCGGAGCGCCGGGAUGGAGCCGCGGCCACAGCCGCUGCUGCUGGGCCGGGAGGACCCCUCCAUCGCCAGGAAGCCGGCGCCCACCAAGCCCAAGCGGGUGCAGAAAGGCAACGAGCGGAUCCCGGCUUCCCGCAAGAAGCUGCGGAAGGAUGAGGGGCUGCGUCCUGGCGAGGCCCUCAUGAGGCAGCUGAAGCAGGAGCUGUCGCUGCUGCCGCUGACGGAGCCGACCAUCACAGCCAACUUCAGCCUCUUUGCGCCCUUCGGCAGCAGCCCCAUCAACGGGAAGAGCCAACUGCGGGGCGCCUUCGGCAGCGCCGUGCUCGACAGCGUCCCUGACUACUACUCCCAGCUGCUCACCAAGAACAACCUCAGCAACCCGCCCACGCCGCCCUCCUCGCUGCCCCCCACACCCCCUCCCUCCGUGCAGCAGAAGAUGGUGAACGGUGUCACGGCCCCCGAGGAACUGGGUGAGCAGCCCAAGGACACCGACCCAGCCCGCGAGCCCCACGGCCAGAAAGACGCACCGGCUGUGGAGGUGAAGAGCCUGGACCUGCUGGCAGCUCUGCCCACCCCGCCACACAACCAGACCGAGGACGUCAGGAUGGAGAGCGACGACGAGAGCGACUCCCCUGACAGCAUCGUCCCUGCCUCGUCCCCCGAGAGCGUCCUGGGCGAGGAGCUGCUGCGAUUCCCGCUGCUCAGCGAGGCCAAGCCGGAGCUGGAGGAGCGUGUGCUGUCUCCCAUCAUCCCCAUCAUCCCCCGGGCCAGUAUCCCAGUGUUCCCUGACACGAAACCCUACGAGGCCGCAGAGCCCUUUGGGGCCCCCCCAGGGAAGGUGGGGGCAGCAGGCCCCGGAGCCCCGUGGGAGAAGGGCAAGAGCAGCGAGGUCUCUGUCAUGCUGACAGUGUCCGCGGCGGCUGCCAAGAACCUCAAUGGGGUGAUGGUGGCCAUGGCUGAGCUGCUGAGUGUGAAGAUCCCCAGCUCCUACGAGGUGCUGUUCCCCGACGGCCCCGUGCGAGUGGCCGUGGUCGAGGCCAAGAAGGUGGAGGCUGAUAUGGCUGGGAUGCUCGGAGGGAAGGAGAAGGCGCUGGCUGGGAAGGUGCCAGACAGCAGCUCCGAGUGGCUGAAGCAGUUCGACGCGGUGCUGCCUGGGUACAGCCUCAAGGGCGAGCUGGACCUCCUGACACUGCUCAGACAGGAGAGCCCCGCACCUGAGAAGACCCUUCACCACUGCUACGUCAACAACGUGUCCAACCUGGACGUGCGGCAGCUCUCCGUCAUGCCCCAGGAGCCCUCGCCCCCGCUGUCCCCCUCCGUCCCCUCCCCGUCCAGCCCUGCCGAGCCCACCAGGGUCCCCAACCCCGAGGUGGCCCACGAGGCCGCCCCGGCGUCGCCGCUGCUGCCGGCCCCCUCCCCGGCCCCCCAGGAGGAAGGGGCCGCAGCCCCCCACUCGCCGCCCCGUUUCAAGCCGCGCUCGCGGCCGCCCGAGGACGGGGACGAGGCGCGGCCGCGGCUGAAGAAGUGGAAGGGGGUGCGCUGGAAACGGCUGCGCUUCCUCGUCACCAUCCAGAAAGGGGGGGCCAAGCGCGACGGCGACAAGGAGAUCGCCGAGUUCAUCGACAAGCUGGGCACCACCCUGCGCCCCGAGAAGGUGCCGCGGGACCUGCGCAAGUGCUGCUUCUGCCACGAGGAGGGCGACGGGGCCACGGACGGGCCGGCCCGCCUGCUCAACCUCGACCUCGACCUCUGGGUCCACCUGAACUGCGCCCUGUGGUCCACGGAGGUGUACGAGACGCAGGGCGGGGCCCUGAUCAACGUGGAGGUGGCCCUGCACCGCGGGCUGCUCACCAAGUGCUCCCUGUGCCAGAAAACCGGCGCCACCAACAGCUGCAACCGCAUCCGCUGCCCCAGCGUGUACCACUUCGCCUGCGCCAUCCGCGCUAAGUGCAUGUUCUUCAAGGACAAGACCAUGCUGUGCCCCCUGCACAAGCUGAAGGGGCCCUGCGAGCAGGAGCUCAGCAGCUUCACCGUGUUCCGCCGCGUGUACAUCGAGCGGGACGAGGUGAAGCAGAUCGCCAGCAUCAUCCAGCGCGGGGAGCGGCUCCACAUGUUCCGCGUGGGCGGGCUGGUCUUCCACGCCAUCGGGCAGCUGCUGCCCCACCAGAUGGCCGAUUUCCACAGCGUCACCGCGCUCUACCCCGUGGGCUACGAGGCCACGCGCAUCUACUGGAGCCUGCGGACCAACAACCGCCGCUGCUGCUACCGCUGCACCAUCUGCGAGAACAACGGGCGCCCCGAGUUCGUCGUGCAGGUCAUCGAGCAGGGCCUGGAGGAUCUCGUCUUCUCUGACUCCUCACCACAAGCCGUCUGGAACCGGAUCAUCGAGCCGGUGGCGAUGAUGAGGAAGGAGGCCGACAUGCUGCGGCUCUUCCCUGAGUACCUGAAGGGCGAGGAGCUCUUCGGCCUCACGGUGCACGCGGUGCUGCGCAUCGCCGAGUCGCUGCCGGGUGUUGAGAGCUGCCAGAACUACCUGUUCCGCUACGGGCGCCAUCCCCUGAUGGAGCUGCCACUGAUGAUCAACCCCACCGGCUGCGCCCGCUCCGAGCCCAAGAUCCUCACCCAUUACAAGAGGCCCCACACCCUGAACAGCACAAGCAUGUCCAAGGCCUACCAGAGCACGUUCACGGGCGAGACCAACACGCCCUACAGCAAACAGUUCGUGCACUCCAAGUCCUCCCAGUACCGGCGCCUGAAGACGGAGUGGAAGAACAACGUGUACCUGGCGCGCUCCCGCAUCCAGGGGCUGGGGCUCUACGCGGCCAAGGACAUCGAGAAGCACACGAUGGUCAUCGAGUACAUCGGCACCAUCAUCCGCAACGAGGUGGCCAACCGGCGGGAGAAGAUCUACGAGGAGCAGAACCGUGGCAUCUACAUGUUCCGCAUCAACAACGAGCACGUCAUUGACGCCACACUGACGGGGGGCCCGGCCAGGUACAUCAACCACUCGUGUGCCCCGAACUGUGUGGCCGAAGUCGUGACCUUCGACAAGGAGGACAAGAUCAUCAUCAUCUCCAGCCGGCGCAUCCCCAAGGGGGAGGAGCUCACCUACGACUACCAGUUCGACUUCGAGGACGAUCAGCACAAGAUCCCCUGCCACUGUGGAGCCUGGAAUUGCAGGAAGUGGAUGAACUAGCUGGGAAAAACGGGGCUGGGGGCCGCCACCCCCGCCUGGGAGACCUCGCCAAGCCCCUCCCCGGGGCCGCGGGAGGUGCCAGGGGCAGCCGGGCACGGAGGGAGGAGCGGCCGCGGCGCCGCCGGCCCUGCUCGGGCGGGACGGACAGACGGACGAACUGGCAACUCAGGGUUUUCUUUGCUUCGUCCUGCGAGGAAAAAAACAAACAAACAAACGGAGUGGGGGGCUCGGAAGCCCCCCCUUCAGCCCCCCCCCCCCGCCAGCCUCCCUCGUGGGGGAGCCACGGGGGAGCAGCGCCGGGCCCAGCGCGCGGAGCCGGCCCGGAUAUAACGAUUAUUUUAUUCUAUUUUAUUUUAUUUUAUUUUGUUUUCGGUUCUUUUGGGUUUUUUGGUUGGUUUUUUUUUUUUUGGUUUUUUUUUUUUUGGUUUUUUUUUUUUUUUUAGAAACUAAUAAUAUUUGCUCGCUAAUUACCAAGGUAA